GUUUUUUUUUUCCCCUAUUAUAGAUUCACUGGAAAAGAAUGAAAUAAAACAUGGAGUCUUCUAAACUGGAGUAUGUUUCAUGGGCCAUAGUUAAAAGGAAAAAGAAGACAGAAGGAGAUGAGAGAACAGGAUUAUAAUGCCUGUCAAGAUUUUUCUGUUUUUGUGAUAUAUCUGAACUCGUGACAUAAUACAGCCCAUGAUUUGUAGUAAUACCUUACUAAUAUAUGUCGAAAGAGAAGACAGUUACUGUAGACCUUUCUUAAAAAGAGCUUUUAUUCUAAUAACUUUAGCUCUUAAGAUAUUUUAAGCUUAGUUGGACACCAUAUUUUUUUUGUUGUUUUUUUCCCCUGUUUUUAGUCCCAGAGUUAAAAACUUUGGUGACUUUAUUUUAAUUGACAAGCUCUUUCUGAUAGAUGGCCAUCAGCUGCCCGUGGAAUAUUGACGUAAACCCCUGAAAUGGUUACUGUGACAGAGUUGAAUGGAAUGCCAUGACUUCAGAGCAAUUCUCUUAGGACCUCCUCCUUUGCCUUGCACCCAUCAUAUCCUUAAAUAUUUAAGUGUAAAUAGUGCAAUUAUAAUAAUCUAAAAAAUAAUGGCAUGGGUGAAAUUCUUAAGAAAACCUGGAGGUAACCUUGGAAAAGUUUAUCAGCCUGGAAGUAUAUUGUCCCUGGCCCCCACAAAAGGCUUACUAAAUGAACCAGGACAAAACAGCUGCUUUCUUAAUAGUGCUGUUCAGGUGUUAUGGCAACUUGACAUAUUUCGGCGGAGUUUAAGAGGUUUAACUGGACAUGUGUGUCAGGGAGAUGCUUGCAUAUUUUGUGCUUUAAAGGCAAUUUUUUCACAGUUUCAACACAGUCGAGAAAAAGCACUCCCAUCAGAUAAUAUGAGACAUGCCCUGGCAGAAAGUUUUAAGGAUGAACAGCGUUUUCAGCUUGGAUUCAUGGACGAUGCAGCGGAGUGCUUUGAAAAUAUUCUUGAGAGGAUUCAUUUUCACCUAGUGCCGAACAGUGAAACAGAUAUGUGCACUUCAAAAUCUUGUAUUGCUCAUCAGAAGUUUGCUAUGACACUGUAUGAACAGUGUGUAUGUCGCAGUUGUGGAGCGUCAUCAGACCCCUUGCCUUUUACGGAGUUUGUGCGUUAUAUUUCUACCACAGCCCUGUGUAAUGAAGUAGAUAGAAUGAUGGAAAGGCAUGAACGUCUCAAGCCGGAAAUGUUUGCAGAAUUGCUGCAAGCAGCAAAUACUUCUGAUGACUAUAGAAAGUGUCCUAGUAGCUGUGGUCAAAAAAUAAAAAUUCGUCGUGUUCUUAUGAAUUGCCCUGAGAUUGUCACAAUUGGUUUAGUCUGGGAUUCAGAACACUCUGAUCUGACAGAAGAGGUUAUGCGGAAUCUGGCAACACAACUUUAUCUUCCUGGGCUGUUCUAUAGGGUUACGGACGAAAACGCCAAAAAUAGUGAACUUUUUCUUGUGGGAAUGAUUUGCUACACAAGCCGACAUUACUGUGCCUUUGCCUUUCACACUAAAAGUUGCAAGUGGGUGCUGUUUGAUGAUGCUAAUGUCAAAGAGAUUGGAACAAAAUGGAAAGAUGUGGUCUCCAAGUGUAUUCGAUGUCACUUUCAGCCUUUGUUGCUAUUUUAUGCUAACCCAGAUGGCACGGCUGUAUCUGCAGAAGAUGCUCCAAAGCAGAUUAUUCACUGGUCUCAAUACAAAGCAGCAGGAGGAAAUGGGGAAGACUUGGGAUUUGAAAAGCAUUCUGUUCUUAAACUAGACCACACAAAAGAGAAUGGAAUUGGAGACCCUGCUAAUCAAAAGAGUAAUAAAAAACUUCAGCCAGAUAAUACAGCAUUCAGUAGAAGCCAUAUUCAAGCUAGUGGUGGUAGAGGUCCAGCUAAGUUAGGUUACAGUGAUCAAAAGGAUAGGCUGAAGGACAUAUCCAGAGAGUGUGCUCAGAAAGCUGCUGAUAUGAAAAACUUUUCAUCUUUACGAAAAGAUGCAGACAGGGGACUGAGAAAAGAAUCUGGGAGACAAAGAGAUUUGAUUGGGGAAGAUCGUUCCAAUUUUAAGUCAGGGUCUCCUCCAGCUGGAAGUGGACUUAGACAAUAUGCUGAUCAGCGCAUAUACAACAGCCAGGGAAGAGGACCUUAUAAGCAUGACAGUGCACCUCACCAAGCCAAGCUUUCUGUACAGGUGCCAGGAUCAAAUAAAACAGAACCUUUUCCUGCUGGGGAGAAGGUGAUGAUCAGGACCCGGACUGAUGGUGUCACUGGCUACGAUACAGACAGCAGCCAAGACUCUAGGGACAAAGGAAGUAUCAGCAGCAGAAGCAGAAGUAAAGGUUGGAAACCCAUGCGAGAGACACUAAACGUAGACAGCAUUUUCAGUGAGACUGAGAAGAAGCAGCAUAGCCCAAAACAUAAAGCAAAUCUAAACAGUAAAUCUAAGCAUGAAAAAGAGCGGAGCUUUAACCAUUGGCCCAAGGAGAACCAGAUCCAGAAAGGUUUAAUGACUAUAUAUGAAGAUGAAACAAAACAGGAUACAGGAAGUCGAAGCUCUUUGGAUUCAGAGGGAAAAGGGAAUGCUGAAAAAAGCAAAGGAUUUACAGAGAGAAAAAUCCACGGUGAUAACUGGCAAAUGCAGAGGACAGAAUCUGGGUAUGAAAGCAGUGAUCAUAUCAGCAAUGGAUCUGCAAAUCUGGACUCACCUGUUAUUGAAGGAAUCAGCCCAGCAGAUGUCAAGAACAUUAAAGAAAGUGUUUCCUGCAGCAACCAGAACUUGUCAACCAAGAAAGCUGAAAAUGUGUUACGUUCUGUUUCCCAGCAGAGCAGAAACUUUUAUGACUUGAGGAAAGACCAGCUAGAUUCAGAAGUUAACUAUAGACCUCAUGUUAAUUUCCCAACAGAAUUACCUUUGCAGAUGCCCAGUCCUCCAGUAAAAAGAGCUGAAAUGCCUGAGACUAAUAGGAAACUUUUCCCAUCAUCAACUGUACAGCCAGUUCUUAAAGACCACAUUAAGACAGAAAGUAAGAACAAGGCAAAUGAACAAAAUCCUUCAGAGUGGCUUAAUCCAGACAAGUUUGAGAAGAUGAAUGUGUCAGCAUAUUGUGCUGAUAAUGUACCCCACUCGUAUACAGAAAACAUCUGUGGAAGGAGGCCGAUCAACAAUGACUUUCACUCCUCUUCUCAGCUGCAGCCUCAUCCCACAAGAACUUUUGGCCCAAAGCUGGGCUUGUCGCCAUUGGUGCCCCAGAACCCUUCGGAACUGCCCACAGCGCUGCCCUCUCCUGGUGAGCAUGCUGGGCACCCGCUCCGAAGGGUGGAUGCACAUUGGGUGCCCGAAGCAGUUUACCAGAAUCUUCCUCCCCCUUUACCUCCAAAGAAAUAUACUCUGAAUAUUUCACCAGGAUCAGAAAAUAACUCAGCAGCAGAUGUAAAAUUGACAGAAGUCUUGCAAAAUAAUCCUGUAAGGCAAACGGGCACACCUUUAAAAUCUGUAUCGGAAGCAAAUGUAUUUAUGAACGAACAGAGGUUGAGAGAGCCAUUUCAAGGGAGUGAGCUAUUUGCUCAUAAACCACAUUCUCCACCUGGCUUAUCAGUUAAUGACUUUUGGACUGUGUCUGAAAACUUUCUAAAGAAAGGAUCUUGUCAGGCAGGACCAACUUCUAGCUAUGCAGAUGCAAAUGACAGUGUAUCUCUAACGACUUACUUUUCAGUAGAUAGUUGUAUGACUGACACAUAUAGGAUGAAAUAUCAUCAGAGACCCAAGCUGUAUUUUACAGACAGUGGAGGCUUUCACAAAGAAAAGCAUCUACCAUCAACGGGAGCAGAACUGAGUGCUACCUACCAUGCUACUCUUGGGCCCAGUUAUCCCACAUCUGAGCAAAGAUACAAGGCAAAUGUAGAAGGCAUACACUGCAGUAGAUAGAUUAAAAAGAAUCUGGAUCUGACUGUUGCAUUUCAUAUACUCUCUACGUGGACAGGAACCUUGAAUCUGCUUGUGUGAUAAGCAAGGUACAGUCGACUAGGUACCUUUUUAGGAGUUAUGACUGUUUCAAUGAAUAUGCAAGUAGAGGUGAACAGAGGAGAAGAGGUGCUAAGCUUCUGGUUCUUUGAUUUGUUAUUCUUGUUGCCUUAAACUUUACCUCCAUUAUUUGGCUUUCUCUUUUACAAUUUAUAUUUUAAGUGGUCCCUUGGGGUGUAUUUAUGGUAUAGCGUUCAGAUCAACUACAUGUUAGUUAUUUUUAAAGAUGAUUUAAAUAGUUGCAGUUUUAAAAAAGUGUUCCAUUAGACUGUGGACACUAAAUGUACCCGGCAAGUGCUUAGACUAACAAAAGGGAUAAGCAUACUACCAUAUAUAAUGCAGUAAAUACAGUUAUAACAGAGCAGUAUUUUUCCUGGUAGGUAACAGGAGCUGUUACUUGUUUUUUCAGCUGACUUCUGUGAGAAUCUGCGCUUUCACAAACCUUUAAGUGUCUUUAAUACUAGUUUACCCAGAGAAUUUAUAACUUGGUAUUUAAAAAGCCUUACUAAUAAUUCUUUUAGAAUUGUUCUGGUUUGCAAGUGUUAGGUAAGAUUUUAAAGGUAAUUCAGAUAAACCACAGUAGUAGAUUGUCCUAUUAAUACACCUGCUCUGUGUUUGUAUACAUUUUUAAGCUAAUACAUUUAUCAGAUUUGUUCUCCCUAGAAGAUACCUACUUCAACUUACUAAAAUUCAGUUUAACCACAUAAACUACAAAUUGAUGUGGCAGAAUAGGAUAUAAUUUUAAAAUAUGGAAGUAUCAUGCAACUGUCAAAGACACAUUUUGUAAGGCCUUAGGUAUAUAGUUACUAUUCAUGUUCAGUUCAGACUGAUUCUAUAGUUGCAUGUAAAGUCAAUGUUGCUAUUUAUUAAACUUCGUAUCUUUUUUCAGCUUGACAUCUUAAGCUAAGUUUAAGGGAUCAGACAUUUUGAUUUUACUGACAUAAAAUUUUUUCCUCUUCAGAGCAGUUCUACAAAUGGUAAAUAGUAUCUUACUGGAUCAGGCUGAACCCGCAGCCGUUCAGACUGCAGUGUCUAAGGUGGCAUGGGAAGCAGAGGUUCCUCUCUUUCUCUGCUCUAGCGUUCCGCCCUGCGAUUUUGGCAGCUCAGGCGUUUACCACGCCUUUUGCAAACCUGAUUUAUUUCACUAACAAGGCAGAAGAUUUUAUGUGAUUAAGUUCAGUCAGUUCA